AUGAGUAAACUUAGAACUUUUGGAAUUAUAGAUAUUGGUGCUAAUCUAGUAGAUUCUAUGUUUUCUGGAAUCUACAAUGGAUCCCAAAAACAUGAGGCAGAUUUGAAAAAUGUGUUGCAAAGGUCAUGGGACAAUGGUUUAAAAAAAAUUAUUAUUACUGGCACUAGUUUAAGUGACAGUCAUAAAGCUCUUGUUCUUGCAAAUGAAAGUGAUAAGUUAUUUAGCACAGUGGGUUGCCAUCCAACUAAUUGUAAUGAAAUUGAUCAUGAUGAUAAAUCUUACAUCAAUUCUUUAGUAGAACUAUGUUUAAAUAAUAAACAUAAAGUUAAAGCAUUGGGAGAAUUCGGUUUGGAUUAUGACAGAUUACAUUUUUGUGGAAAAGAUAAUCAAUUGAAAGGAUUUGAAAGUCAAUUAAUAGCAUUUGAAAAUAUUAAAUUGCCUUUAUUUUUACAUUGUCGUAAUGCAGCUGAUGAUUUAAUUGAUGUAUUACAUAGACACAGAGGGAAAUAUAUUGGUGGAGUUGUGCAUUCUUUUGAUGGUUCAAUUGAAGAAGCAAGAAAAAUAAUAGAUUUGGGUUUAUUUAUCGGUUUAAAUGGGUGCUCUUUAAAAAAUGAAAAAAACUUGGAAGUAGUAAAACAAUUACCAACAGAUAAAUUAUUGGUCGAAACUGAUAGUCCUUGGUGUGAAAUAAAAGCUUCUCAUGCUGGUUUUAAAUAUGUUCAAACUCAGUUUCCUUCUGUAAAAAAAGAAAAAUGGCAAAAUGAUAAGUUAGUAAAAGGAAGAAAUGAACCAUGUAAUAUAAUACAAGUAUUGGAAAUUAUUUCUUGUGUAAAAAAUGAAGAUAUAAAUACUCUGGGUGAAAUCAUUUAUCAAAAUACUGAAAAAUUGUUUUUUUCCAACUCAUGA